AUGUUUGUCACUGUGCUGUUUGGAGAAAACAGAAUGGAGCUGUUCAACCUCAACUGCAAGCUGAUAAACUUCGUCCAUUGCUUGAAGGAGAGGUGCGGCUUGGAUGAUAAAGACUGCGUUGCCUUGAUGGACAGCAGCGGUGCAGUGAUGAAUCUGGAGGAGAAGCAGCACAGUGUGGAUCUGGCCAGCAACCUGCUCACAGAGAGGCAAAACUACAUCCUGCUACGUGUCUGCCGUGAUGAUCAUGAAGGUCAGAAGUAUGUGUCACUCCUGAAUAACAUGAGCCUGAGCCACCCUGAGUUAACUGAUGUGCUGAGAAAAUUAUCAAACCCCGAUAAAGAGCGAGACAGAAAGGCUGGGCGCCUGAGGAAAGGAUGGGCUCAGAAUGACAGUCCUGUCAACAAAACCCAGGGCAAAGGCAGCUCUGGAAAUAAGAAAAGCCAUCAAAUUAAAUAA